AUGAAUAAGUGGUUAAACGUAUUAUCUAAACCAUUCGCUUUUCGGCUUUUGAACUGUCAUCAUAGGCGAUCAUUACCAUAUUGUCAAAACUUUCUUUUGAAGAAGUCGUUAACUCAAAAUCAAGUCAGGUUCUUUAAAAUGAGUGAUCUUGAUAAUUUGCCUCCAGUUGACCCAAAGACUGGUGAGGUCAUCAUUAAUCCGUUAAAGGAAGAUGGUUCUCCAAAGACUCCUAAGGAAAUCGAAAAAGAGAAGAAAAAGGCUGAAAAACUGUUAAAGUUCGCUGCCAAACAAGCUAAAAAAAAUGCUGCUGCUACCACAGGUGCCUCUCAAAAGAAGCCUAAGAAGAAGAAGGAAGUUGAACCAAUCCCUGAAUUUGUUGACAAGACUGUUCCAGGUGAGAAAAAAAUCUUAGUAUCACUGGAUGAUCCAGCUUUAAAAGCUUACAACCCUGCUAACGUUGAAAGUUCCUGGUAUGACUGGUGGAUCAAAACUGGUGUUUUCGAACCUGAAUUUACCGCUGAUGGUGAGGUUAAACCAGAAGGCGUAUUUUGUAUUCCAGCACCUCCACCAAACGUCACCGGUGCAUUGCAUAUUGGUCAUGCUUUGACUAUUGCCAUCCAAGAUUCUUUGAUCAGGUACAAUAGAAUGAAAGGUAAAACUGUUUUAUUCUUGCCAGGUUUUGACCAUGCUGGUAUUGCUACUCAGUCCGUUGUGGAAAAGCAAAUUUGGGCUAAGAACAAAAAGACUAGACAUGACUACGGCAGAGAAGCUUUUGUCGGUAAGGUCUGGGAAUGGAAAGAGGAAUAUCAUAACAGAAUUAAAAACCAAAUUCAGAAAUUGGGGGCUUCUUAUGAUUGGAGCCGCGAAGCUUUCACUUUGAGUCCAGAAUUGACCAAGUCUGUUGAAGAAGCUUUUGUUAGAUUACAUGAUGAAGGUGUUAUUUAUCGUGCCUCCAGAUUAGUGAACUGGUCUGUUAAAUUAAAUACUGCUAUCUCUAAUUUGGAAGUCGAAAAUAAGGAUGUUAAAAAUAGAACACUUUUAUCUGUCCCAGGCUAUGAUGAAAAGGUUGAAUUUGGUGUCUUAACAUCAUUUGCUUAUCCGGUUAUCGGAAGUGAUGAAAAACUGAUCAUUGCUACAACUAGACCUGAAACUAUAUUCGGUGAUACGGCUGUUGCAGUUCAUCCUGAUGAUGACCGUUACAAACAUCUGCAUGGUAAGUUUAUUCAACAUCCCUUCUUGCCAAGAAAAAUUCCAAUUAUCACCGACAAAGAAGCUGUUGACAUGGAAUUCGGUACUGGUGCCGUUAAGAUCACUCCUGCUCAUGACCAAAACGAUUACAAUACCGGUAAGCGUCACAAUUUGGAAUUCAUUAAUAUUUUGACUGACGAUGGCUUAUUGAACGAAGAGUGUGGUCCGGAAUGGCAAGGAAUGAAGAGAUUCGAUGCCAGAAAGAAGGUUAUUGAACAACUGAAGGAAAAAAACUUAUACGUUGGUCAAGAGGAUAACGAAAUGACUAUCCCAACUUGUUCUAGAUCAGGUGAUAUCAUUGAACCUCUGUUGAAACCUCAAUGGUGGGUUUCUCAAAGUGAAAUGGCCGAAGAAGCUAUCAAGGUUGUCAAGGAUGGUCAAAUCACCAUCACUCCUAAAUCUUCUGAGGCUGAAUAUUUCCAUUGGUUGGGUAAUAUCCAAGAUUGGUGUAUUUCCAGACAAUUAUGGUGGGGUCAUCGUUGUCCAGUUUACUUUAUUGAUAUUGAAGGCGAAGAACACGAUAGGAUCGAUGGUGAUUAUUGGGUUGCCGGUAGGAAUUUGGAGGAGGCCGAAAAGAAGGCUGCCGCCAAAUUCCCAAAUGCCAAAUUUACUCUGGAACAAGAUGAAGAUGUUUUAGACACCUGGUUCUCGUCCGGUUUAUGGCCAUUCUCCACUUUGGGUUGGCCAGAAAAGACCAAAGACAUGGAAACUUUCUACCCCUUCUCCAUGUUGGAAACCGGUUGGGAUAUCCUUUUCUUCUGGGUUACUAGAAUGAUCUUAUUGGGCUUAAAAUUGACCGGUUCAGUUCCAUUCAAGGAAGUUUUCUGUCACUCUUUAGUCCGUGACGCCCAAGGUCGUAAGAUGUCCAAAUCUUUAGGUAAUGUUAUUGACCCAUUAGACGUUAUUUCUGGUAUUAAGUUGGAUGAUCUGUAUGCCAAAUUAUUGCAAGGUAACUUAGAUCCAAGAGAAGUCGAAAAAGCUAAGAUUGGUCAAAAGGAAUCCUACCCUAACGGUAUUCCUCAAUGUGGUACCGAUGCUAUGAGGUUUGCAUUAUGUGCUUAUACCACUGGUGGCCGUGAUAUUAAUUUAGACAUCUUACGUGUGGAAGGUUACAGAAAGUUCUGUAACAAAAUUUACCAAGCUACCAAGUUUGCAUUGAUGAGAUUAGGUGACGAUUAUGAACCACCUGCUACUGAAGGUUUAUCAGGUAACGAAUCCUUGGUUGAAAAAUGGAUCUUGCACAAACUGACCGAAACCUCCAAAAUUGUGAAUGAAGCCUUAGAUAAACGUGACUUCUUGACGUCUACUAGCAGUAUUUAUGAAUUCUGGUAUUUGAUUUGUGAUGUCUAUAUCGAGAAUUCCAAAUACUUGAUUCAAGAAGGCUCGGUGGUUGAAAAGAAAUCGGCAAAGGAUACUUUGUAUAUUCUGUUGGACAACGCCCUGAAAUUGAUUCAUCCAUUCAUGCCGUUUAUUUCUGAGGAAAUGUGGCAAAGACUUCCAAAGCGUUCCACUGAGAAAGCUGCCUCGAUUGUAAAAGCCUCUUAUCCAGUUUAUAUAUCUCAGUAUGAUGACGUUAAAUCGGCCAAUGCUUACGACUUGGUCUUGAACAUUACCAAAGAAGCUCGUUCGCUGUUAUCUGAAUACAAUAUCCUGAAGAACGGUAAAGUUUUCGUCGAAUCUAACCACGAGGAAUACUUCAAGACUGCUAAGGAUCAGAAAGAUUCUAUUGUCUCUUUGAUCAAGGCUAUCGAUGAAGUCACUGUUGUUCGUGAUGCUUCCGAAAUUCCAGAAGGUUGUGUAUUGCAAUCUGUUAACCCAGAAGUUAAUGUACACCUUCUGGUCAAGGGUCACGUUGACAUUGAUGCUGAAAUUGCGAAGGUUCAGAAGAAACUUGAAAAGGCUAACAAAUCCAAGAACGGUAUUGAACAAACCAUUAACAGUAAAGAUUACGAAACCAAGGCUAAUGAACAAGCCAAGGAAGCCAACAAAACCAAGUUGGAUAACACCGUGGCCGAAAUCGAAGGUUUGGAAGCUACUAUUGAAAACUUGAAACGUUUAAAAUUGUAG